UUAUGUUGAAAUGUGUAACCGGAAACUCCAUGUUCCGGUGCCGGUAGUGACAGUGACGGUUUGCUAACAUCCAGCUAAGAAAAUGGCCUCAUCGUAGUAAAACACUGUGUUCCUCUGUACAAAGACCUAACGUCAGCUAACCCGACAUGUAACUGCGCAGUUUGAACGUCAUUCAUUAGCCUUGAGGUUGAACUCUGCCAGUGGCUGGUUACAUUUCCGGUAACGGUGGAGCAGGGACAGCUGCGAGCAAUGACGGCGAGGAGAAGAACCAGCCGACAUCCCACCGGGAUAUCCCCGCUGUUACUCGCCAUCUUCCUGCUGAUUGUGGGUGAGCAGUCGGUGGAGACAGCGUCUGACUAUGACCCGUAUAAAAUCCUGGGGGUCAGCCGGAGCGCCAGUCAUCCAGAAAUCAAACGAGCCUACAAGAGCCUGGUCAGAGAAUGGCACCCAGACAAGAACAAGGACCCGAAAGCUGAGGACACAUUCAUCAGGAUCACCAAGUCAUACGAGAUUUUGUCAAACGAAGAGCGAAGGUCCAACUUUGACCGCUACGGCCAGAUGGAUGAAAACCAGCCGUUUGGCCAGUCCCAGCAUCACGGUUUCCGCAGCUUCCGCAGCAGCUUCUACUUUGAUGAGUCGUUUUUCCAUUUCCACAGGGACUUUGCCGACAACAAGUACCUGCUUCAUCACGCACAGUUUAACAGCGACGUGCUCCCAGACAGCCACAAAAGGCCGUACCUCAUCAAAGUGACCUCUGACAGGUGCUUUGCAUGCAUCCACAUUGAGCCUGUAUGGAAGGAGACAGUGCAGGAGCUGGAGCUGCUGGGUGUGGGUAUUGGCAUCGUGGACCUGGGUUAUGAGCGUCACCUGGCCAACCAGCUGGGAGCUCACCGUGCGCCCUCCAUCAUUGGGCUGGUGAACGGCAGGGUGACCUUCUUCCAUCAGGCUGUGGUUCGGGAACACCUGCGGCAGUUCAUCGAAGACCUUCUGCCCUACAAACUGGUGGAAAAGAUCACAGAUAACAACUACUUGACUUUUCUGGAUAACUGGCAUGAGGAGAAUAAGCCCAGUGUUCUGUUGUUUGACCAAGUCCCCAUUGUUCCCCUGCUCUACAAAUUAACAGCGUUUGCCUUCAGAGACUACGUGCGAUUCGGCCAAGUGGACCAGGGUGACAAGCACUGCACUCGGCUCCUGCGGCAGUUCAACAUAAACACAUACGCCCCCACCAUGAUGCUGUUUAAAGAGGACACAGAGAAGCCUGUCGACAUCAUACAGGCCAGAGGAUUGAAGCGACAGAUCAUGGAUGAGUUUGUGUCCAACAACAAGUUCCUGCAGGUGCCACGACUCAUCAACCAGCAGCUUUUUGAUGAGCUGUGUCCUGUAAAGCAGUUCCACCGGCGGAGGAAGUACUGUGUGCUGCUGAUCACCGGUGAGGACCAAGCUUUUCUUCCAGGCAACAAGGCUUUCCUCGACUUCGCCUCAGCCAACAAAAAAGACGUGCUGCGCUUUGCAUACGUCUACCAGCGUCAGCAGCAGCAGUUGUGUCAGGCACUGCUCCACAAUCAGGUUUCACUCUCACCUCAGGUGGUGAUCCUCGAGAGGCGGACCCAGGCGGGUAAGGUCCUGUACCGCUCACUGAGUGGCGGCUGGAACGGCAGCGAAGAAGACAAGUACCACCUCCACGAACAGCUGGAGCUCCUUCAAAAGGAUCCCACAUAUCUGAGCUUGGAUGCCACUCUGCCAGAACUCAACAACGAGAUGGCCCCAAUUUUUAUAAUUCAAUGGAUGAAUGCUGCAUAUGAUUACAUUCUUCAAAUAUAUGAUGACCUUCUCUAUUCAAACUGGCGAGAGAUGAUGCCCAUUCUGUCCUUGAUUUUCUCAGCUCUCUUCAUUCUUUUCGGCACCGUCAUCAUCCAGGCCUUCAGUGAGCCAGACGAGAACAAACCCCGGAAACCAAAGCCAAAGGAGCAACCAGAAACUGAGGGUGAUGCAUCAAGUAGAGCAAGUACUUCAAGUCGUCCUCCCAAGAAGAAUUUUGUAGAGGUGACGGAGCUGACGGACAUCACGUACAUCAGUAACCUUGUCAAGCUGAGGCCUGGACACAUCAACGUUGUACUGGUGCUCACCAACACCUCCAAGAAUGCCUUGCUCGGAAAAUUUGCCAAGGAGGUUUUUUCUUUCUCUGGGACGCAGACCCUGCAUUUCUCUUUCCUUAACGCGGAUAAGCACUGCCACUGGAUGCCGUCACUCCUUCGCUCAACCUCUGGCGCUGCGGAAAGCGAGGGCCACGCAGAUGAAGACGAGGAGCCUUCAGACUAUGCUGGAUACGUCCUGGCCCUCAACGGCCACAAGAAGUACUUUUGCCUCUUUACACCCGUCUUCACAGGGGACGAUCCCAACGACUCAUCAUCAGAGAACUCAUAUUCCUCUGACAGCAAGAGAACAUCCCGGUCCAGGUCCAGGUCUAGCUCCCACUCUCGAUCCAGGUCCCAUUCCAGAGAAAAUGGGGCUGGCCCCAAGAGAGGCUCCAGCAGGGCCACGAGCAUAGAGGUGCACCAUAAGCUUGACAGACUGGGGCUGUGGAUGGAAAGACUAAUGGAGGGCACCCUGCCCAGAUUACAGGUCCUUGCAUGGCCCUCACUCGAUGAAAGCGCUAACUCUUCCAGAGAAAGCUGAGGUCAAAGUAAGAACGGUUGAGAUUGAUAAAGCAAGAUAACUGCUAGAAUAUAUUACAGUUUUCAAAUUAUUAUUGAAUUUCUCUUUUGCAGAGUAAAGUUGCUGCACUGAACAUUUGCAACCAGUUUACAGAAUGUUUUGUUUCAUCUCAUAGUGUGGAUCAGCAGGAAAUCAUUGGCUGAGUGUGUGCAACAACAACAAACCUUUGAAAUGCAGCAGUCUGCAGCUUUUAAAAUAUGAGAUAAACGCAGCAAAGACAAAGUGUGGGCUGCAUGACACCACAUCACGUCUUCAGCACAGAGAGCAAAGACAGGAGAAAAUCUUUAUGGAAAAAAAACAACAAAAACUGAUUGUGUUUCCUCUCUGGUUUUCUUAGAAAUAUCUAUACAGUUCUUUGCAUUAUUUUCUCCUUCUUUACUUUAAUCUCUGCAUAUUGAAAUAGUGAAUUCACAGCACGGGAUAAGUGCAAUUUCUUUUUUGCUUAAAGCCUCUGAACCAUCCAGAGCAUCUAAAAUGUGAUAUAAGAUGGAUGUCAGUCAUGAGUGCAACCUCUGGCAGUAUGUCCCUCUGAUCAGUUCUGCUGUAUGUGAUCAGAUCUCCACAUGGGCUUUUGUUUGGAAGCAGCUGAAUGAGAAUAAAGCCUGUUGAGCUGAAUUUAUAGAUAAAUAAUAGUUUUUGUUUUUGUAGGAACUUGAUUCAUGGCCUUUUUUGCUAAUAGAGCUGAUGCAACCCUUUUUGAUUCCAGGUGUAAAGAUAAAGUUCGCAGCAUGAUGAGAAGCAAUAACCAACUUAUUCACAUAACAACAUUAACAUUUAAGUUUUUAAGCAGGAUUGAUUAUCAGGGUUCAUCCUGAAGGUUUUCUGCUCAGACCAGAUCUCAAUAUCUUACUGUAUCUCUGCGUUGAUUCUCUUUGAACGUGAAAUAUUCAGUAAUUUGAUCCCGCAAUGUUGAAAUCUGCCUUUUUGUCUUUACAGUUGCUGUGAGCCUGAUUAUACUUGUUUGUUAAGCUCUUGUUAUUUGUCUAAAUCAGGGGGAAAAUUACACAUUUGCCACACUGUCCCUGCCCUCAAACCUGUAAAUGUUAAUGCAUGUAAUAAUUAGACCUAAAAUCACAUAAAUGCUUAGUGAAUUUGCACUGGCAAUAUAAAUGUUUCACCCCCCCCCCCCUCUCCCGUAAUUGAUUAAUUUGAGACCGAAGAAAUAUUUUCAUUACACUGUAACUCAGAAUGUUUUUUUCUUGUUACAUCCAUAUCCCACUGCAAGAAAAAAUGCUGUGUAAAUUAUGAAAAGAAACUCCUUUUAAAACAGUUUAUUUAUUAAAAUAUGAGGAUGA